CUGUCAUUUUCACAAGACAACGUGAUAGAGCAAAACAAGCCUCCCCACACUCGCUGAUCGUUUCCGUGUCCCAUACCACUUUUUUACAUCAUGAUCUCGUCGCGGCUCUCUCGUUCAACAGCUUCCAGUCUCUUCUUCGCUCCCUGAGACUCGGCUUUGGGGGCUCGCGUGAACAUUAGACUCCACAAACCGACGUCAUCAGAGACAUACAAACACGUCCCUGGUGCGAUUUCACCCUGCCAACCCCUUCGGAAACACUUAGCUGGGUUUCCCUCUUUCCAUAUUAAAUCUUCCGUGACUUUUGAACGAGAGAGAAUCGUAAGAGGGAGAAUGUCAAUGGAAAAGAGCUCAGUGGCGGGCGCAGACCCGCAGCCAGUUGCGAAAGAGCAGACGGCCGACGCGUCUCGAGGAACGCAACCGAACGAAAAGAAGCUGACGAAGUUUUACAUUGGGUCCAUUGAUCAGGGGACGACUAGUACUCGCUUUAUCAUUUUUGAUGGGACCGGGCAGCCCGUCGCACAGCAUCAAAUUGAAUUCUCUCAAAAGUAUCCCCAGUCAGGGUGGCAUGAACAUGACCCCAAGGAGAUAAUGGUAUCCGUCGAGCAAUGCAUAGAGAAAGCUACACAGACUUUUAUUGACCAGGGUAAUAAUAUUGCGGACAUCAAGGCCGUGGGCAUCACGAACCAGCGCGAAACCACUGUGGUGUGGGACACCAAGACAGGAGAACCGCUCCAUAAUGCAAUCGCCUGGCCCGAUACUAGAACCAAGGGAUUAGUACGAGAAUUGAAGGGCAAGGAUGGUUCCGAUGAGCUACAGGAUAUAUGUGGUCUUCCGCUCUCGACCUACCCGUCUUCCGUCAAGCUCGUAUGGCUUCUGAAGCACGUGGAUGUUGUUCGAAAGGCCUAUGACGAUGGGCGCCUGUCAUUUGGGACCGUCGACAGCUGGCUCCUGUACAACCUGAACGGCGGAAAGGAGAAUGACGUCCAUGUCACGGAUGCCACAAACGCAUCCCGAACCAUGUUCAUGAAUCUGCACACAGUUCAGUAUGACGAUUUGCUCCUGGAUUUCUUCGACGUGGAUCGCACCAAGAUCAAUCUACCAAAGAUCGUAUCAUCGUCGUCUCCGGAUGCGUUUGGUUCCCUGACCUAUGGCCCAUUGAAGGGCAUUCGCAUUGCAGGAUGUCUGGGAGAUCAAUCUGCAGCACUUGUUGGUCAGCAAGGCUUCUCUCCUGGCUCUGCAAAGAAUACAUAUGGAACAGGGUGCUUCCUGCUUUAUAACGUAGGCGAAAAGCCUGUAAUCUCCCAACAUGGCCUCCUCGCUACUAUUGCGUACGACUUUGGUGGCAAGCGUAGGCCCGUCUAUGCACUUGAAGGCAGCAUUGCUGUCGCGGGCAGUGGUGUGAAGUUUUUGAUGAACAAUAUGGGUUUCAUCACCCAUUCUCACAAAAUCAGUGACCUCGCAGCGACUGUAGAAGACAAUGGAGGCUGUGUCUUCGUCACUGCUUUCAGUGGUCUUUUUGCACCAUAUUGGAUUGAUGAUGCCAAAGGGACAAUAUUUGGAAUCACGCAACAUACUGAGCGAGGACAUAUUGCCCGGGCGACACUGGAGGCUACCUGCUUCCAAACGAAAGCUAUCCUCGAUGCCAUGGAGCGUGAUAGUGGUCAUAAGCUUGCCGAGCUUGCAGUGGACGGGGGUAUGAGCAACUCCAAUUUGUGUAUGCAGACUCAAGCCAACAUUAUCGGCAUUCCUGUGGAUCGCCCGGCUAUGCGCGAGACGACGUCAUUGGGGGCUGCCAUCGCAGCAGGCUUCGCCGUUGACAUAUGGAAAGAAUUCGACGAGCUAAAAGAUAUCAACCAGAAGGACCGCAUGAUAUUCGAACCGAAUAUCUCCAAGGAAGAGAGCGCUAAGAUGUUCAAAAAGUGGGGACGAGCUGUGGAAAUGUGUCGGGGUUGGCUUGACACUGAUGAGGCGAAUGGGGAUUUUUGAUAUAAUUGACGUGUUAUAUAGCUCAAUAUGGCCGCUUGCGUCUUUUCCAUUGGCUUCAUUCCUCUCCGCGGUACCC